AUGGCGUUAAAGUUUACGAUAUUCUUAAUAGCGGCUGUGAGUGCUGCCAGUCUUCAAGACUAUCACCAGCAAACACACCAACAGCAGCAGCAGCAACAGCAGCAGCUACAACAACAACAAAACCAGGCCGAUCCGUGGGAUUUAAAACGAUACGCAUCUGAUGCACAGCAUUUAAACGAUGAACAAGUAGGAUAUGAUUUUUCAUAUUCAGUUCACGACCCUGUCACCGGAGACCAAAAGAGCCAAGAAGAAUCUCGCCGCAAUGGUCACGUUCGUGGUCAGUAUUCUUGGGUAGAUGCCGAUGGUAUUCGCCAGAUUGUCAACUAUCGUGCUGACGAUCGUACUGGAUUCAAUGCGGAACAGCGUCGCGAACCUGCAAAUCGCCCACGACUCAACAGAGUGUUGCAGUUAAUCCCUGCUCAAACAGUAGCUCCUCUUUACACUAUUGACGCCAUUCUAGCUCCUGCCUACACUUCCGUGUCCCGCAUUGAUCAAAUACGACGACGUGAACAGGUGUCGCAUGAUAACCGAGAAGAAAGCACUGACGAAGAUCGUGAUAAUCGAAGCCAUGUUCGAGAUGCGCUAGCGGAUAAUCGUGAAGAUCGUCGUGAUAGUAUUCGAAAUGAUCGCCUAGAGGAACCACGCGAUGAUCGUCGAGAAGAGCGUCGUGAUGAUGGACGUGACGAACGCCACGAGGAACGCCGUGAAGAACGCCGUGAUGAACGCCGUGACGACCGCCGUGAAGAUCGCCGUGAUGACCGCCGUGAAGAUCGCCGCGAGGAACGCCGUGAAGACCGUCGUGAGAAUCUCCGUGACGAUCGGCACGAUAAUCGCGAGGAUACCCGCCAGAACAGUUUGCGAGACGAUCGAGUCGAUGAGCGCAACGAAGAUCGACGAGGAGAACGCCAUGAUGAUCGCCGUGAAGAGCGACGUGAGGAACGCCGAGAUGAUCGACGUGACAAUCGUGAUGAUCGACGUCAAGCAGGUCAAGAAAUUGCAUCACAAUCGGAAGUUCGAUUCCAAGCGCCAUCGGUUUCUUAUCAGUACAGUAACUGA